CCUGUGCCAACUGUUUGGAGUUUUCCCCCUACAAAGUAUCCUGAAUCGCGCUCCCGAAAGCAUGACGUUCCGAACGGUAUCCGUGACCUGCGUCGUCAGCGCUAUUUCCAUCUUCGGCGGAUACGCCAUGUUGCUGCUCAGUUUGGUACGUCUAGGUCGUGACCUGAACGCCAUCAACGUUGCCGAGCCUAUCUUUUUUGGAAUCUGUGCCACGAGUUUGGUCAUAUUCUGGCAACUGGCCAAACAGUGGCAAGCCAUCGCCGUUGCGUGGUCCCGUACGGAGCGAACCUUUGUACGGUAUCCGUUCCAUAAAUCGAACCUGAAAAGGAAAAUCCGUUUUGUGGCCGCGGCGCUUCUUCUGAUGGCUCUCGCUGAACAUCUUCUUUUCGUUGCCAACAACGUCAGCUAUAUGCUUAAGGAGAUCGACUACUGUAACUGGACGAUACCAGAUCCGGUCAUGUUUUUCUUUGCAAAGACGUUUACCACAACGUUCCAUACCUUUGCGUACAGUCUACCAAUUGCUAUCUACAACGAGUACAUCGUCAUAUCGAUGACGUUCGUGUGGAACUUUGUCGAUCUGUUCAUCAUGCUGAUCAGCAUAGGCAUUGCGGCGCGAUUUGAUCAGCUACGGGACCGCGUCUUUGACCGCAUCAACAGCCGGACACCGACGACCGAACACUUUUGGGAGCAAAUCCGUAUCCAGUACGUGGCGUUGUGCGAACUAGCCGGAACUAUCAAUCGUGCCAUUAACAAGCUGGUGUUUGUAUCCUACGCCAACGAUACCUAUUACAUCGUGUUGCAAAUCAUGAACGCGAAUCAGGAGCAACCGUCGGUGGUCAAUAAGGUGUACUUUUGCUAUUCUUUCGCGUAUCUUCUGCUGCGGACAUUUCUCAUGUUCUGGUACAGUGCACAAGUCGAACACACGAGUCACGGGACGUUCCGGUUGAUUCAGCAGGUACCCACCGCAGAAUACUGCGACGAGCUGCAACGGCUGCAGAUGUACUCCAAGUGCGGUGCUAGCCUCAACGGCAUGGGCGUAUUCAGCGUUUCGAAGCGGAUUGGGUUGACGCUGACCGGAACGAUUAUCACCUACGAGCUGGUACUGCUGUCCUACCGGGAAGGCUCAUCUGACCAACACUCCACCACCGUUUCAUCGUGCGAACCAUGGCACCUGACCUAAUUGCCAUCAGCACUGUUGAAUCUUAAUCGGUUCGCGUGUUACUUCAUUUUUAGCAUAAAAACCUUCAGUUUUCACAAGAUUCUUCUAAAUUUUCCUCCAUACCAAGAAAGAACAGGUCU